UUUGAUUGUAUGUAGUAAUAUUCAAACAAAUUCGUAAUGUGAAAUGGAGGAAUGGAGACGUUAGCUAGCUAACGCUAGCUUUACUGAAUCUGCUGGUGCAUCUGAGUAAUUUACAGAACAAAAAUUAACGUGAUGUCAAAUACUGACAUCAUAACUCUCCGGAAGGCUACAGAGAUUUUGCCAAGUGCUGGGAACAACAAGAGCAAAUCUACAAGCUGUUGCUGAGACAACACAUCGUUACCUCAGUAAAGGUCAUGUAUCCCUGUUGAGUCACUGCUCAACAACAACAGACUUCAACAUGCAUGUUGCUACUGUUCUGUACACCACCUGAAGUCCUGCUGAGGUUCACCUCCUGUGGCAGAGUGUCUGACAGAAAGUGGGCUUGCAAGUGGAUAGCAACUUCUACCUUGAACCUGAACCAGAUCCAACAACAGCUUCUUCCUAGUAGCAAGUAGAUUAGUUGCAAAAGACAUUCAUACUAUCGCAAAAUAUCCCCCACCCCCAACACACUCACACACACACACGCGCGCGCUUAUUUUAUUCAUUCAAAACCCUCAUUUAUUUCCUAGUACAAGGUGCUGCUACACUGUGGUGCAAUAUCUGGUUUUUCCGUCUAUGCAAUGUGGAUAGAAUUGUAUGAAAUGUUAUUUGUUCAAUGUGGUUGGCUGUAUGUACAUCAUUCCCAUACUUGGUUGCAAUCAAAUUUUGAUUUGAAUUUUGCUCAGGAGCAGUUACUCAAAAAGAAAAAACACAGACGCAACGAGCAAAAAACAAAUACAGCAAGCAUGGAGGAGGAGGCCAGAAACAGUCUCCAUAGUUUGGUGCUGAGUAUAAAAGAAGAUAUUGCUGUGCAAACGCAAGCAGAGAUGCAAGCAGCAUUAAACAGCACAAGAGAGGAUGUUCCGGCUGUUAAGGGUUUGAAUUGGCUCCUAGGUAGAUACCUACCUAUAAAGACCACAUUCAACAAUUUUGUCACCUAAACUCUGUGAAGCCACACAUUUAAUGUUGCCAAUGAUCCAAGAUAUCCAGUGUUCAUCCAGUAAUGCUGAUUAAACAAAAGUUGUUUUCUCUGAGCUUCAAUUUGAAAAUGUGGUGAAAGUGCAAACUCUAGGGGAAUGCUUUGAAUGAACUGGCACUGCAUUGCUGACUAAUGUGACUUUUUGCUUGGAGCUUAAAGUGAUUGAUUUUACUGCUUUUUCUACACUGGGUGCUUUUAUGUGUAGCACUUGUAUGACUGAUCUGAAAUUUGGACGUUUGUCUGCAGAACCAGCAGUUUCAGACAUGUUGGAAGAUGCAAACACUCACAAGCACUGGUAAAUAUUUGGGUUUAGUCAAAUCUUUUCCUCCCACAAUCAAACACGAGUCACUAUUACUUAACAGAACACGCUUCAACAAAAGGACCUCGCCGCUAUCCACCUCUCUAUUAGUGGAAGUUGGCAACACUACGCAAACAUUUAGCAGGAAAAGUAAUAAUGCACGAGGGCAGUCGGAUUUACUUCGACCAGGACUACUCAUCUAAACUGCAAAAAGAGAGAAGCCAAUAUGCUCCAAUAAGAAAAGAGCUAAGGGAGAAAGGGAUGAAAUCGCAUCUAUCCAGAAAAGCUAAGAGUAUUUGGUGAUUGCGGAACGCAGAUGUACAACUCAGUAGGGCUCAACACCUGCUUGAGCAGGAAGACCCGGCAUCCAGGACCCAGGUCGGGCAUCCAUCAGCACUAUUUGAACAGCAGAGGACGCAGUGGGAAGACUACAAGACAGCUGCGGACUUACUGAGAGAGCGAGGGGGUAAGCCUACAGCUUAGGUACCGUGACAGAGUUUAUGGCAGCAGCAAGCACAAAUACAAAUGUACACACACACAGCGAUGUACAACGCAGAGUGUUACUGGUAAACUGUUGGGGUUUUUUUUGUUUGUUUGUUUGUUUUGUUUGUCUUUUUCCAAAUGGGGCAGUCUGGGUCAGCAGCCCCAGAUUCCUACUCAUAUUUAGGGAAUCUUUAUCCACUCGGCAGUCUAUUAGUGACUGCCACCAUUGAAAGUUAUUGUUUUGUUAGUAUGUUGUUUUUAUGUUCACUGAUUUUCACAGCUGUCAGCCAUAAAGUUAGGUGUCAGAAAAAUAGCAUGAUCAAAGAUCCCUUUUAUAACAUGGAAUAUGAUUUGAAGGGUAAAUUGUCUCAUAUGUUAACUGACUCUAAGAAAUGAAAACACUAAAAAUAAUCUCGUAUAAUGUGAAUGGUAAUCCGAUUAAGCAUGAGAAGUUACUGCAACAACUCAGAAAAGAAACAGGAGGUAUAAUCUUGCAGGAAACACUCCAAGUGAAACUUACAAAUGCUCACGUAUAUCACUCAUCUUACAAGUCCUCAAAAAAGGAGUUGCUAUUUUAAUAAUGCCACAAAUAGUUUUUACGCUGGAAAAGCUGAUAUCAUACAAGGAAGGUAGAUAUGUAAUGGUAGUUGGAAGGAUUGAUGAGGAAAUGGUUUCAUUUAUGAAUGUCUACAACUCCGCUAAAGAAGGCCCAGACCUAAUUUAAAAGAUUGUUGAAAUAAUAGUUUCAGUAAGUCGAGGGGUAACAAUCACUGCAAGUGACCUAAACCUAAUCAUGGACCCAAGUAUUGAUACACAAAGUGAUAGACAACAUAGCUCAGAUCAAGCUGCUAAAAUAAUGAGAGGAGCAGCCAAGGAAAUGGGGCUGAUAGAUGAGUGGACAACUCUCCACCCGAAAGAAAGAGAUUUUACCUUCUUUUCAAAAUCUUACCAUAGAUUUUUGAGACUAGACUAUUUCUUUUGUUUAAGAAUCGUGUAUCAAGGAUUAUAGAAUGUAAUAUAAAUUAGAUCACAUUGUCUGAUUAUGCUUUGAUAACAAUGAAAUUAAACAUUGAUCUGGAGGUGGGUCAUACUCUUUGGAGACUAAAUAAUUCCCUGGUACAAAUGGAAGACCUCAAGAUUAAAAUAAGAUCAACUAUUAAAAAAUACCUAGAAAUAAAUGAUACAGAGGAAGUUGAACCGGUCACACUGUGGGAGGGAGUAAAAGCAGUAUUAAUUUUUUUUUUUUUUUUUUAUCAUUUGCUUCAUAUGAGAAGAGAGAGAGGAACAAAAGAGUCAAGGAAAUAGAACAAUCAUUAAGGAUAUGGGAAUGAGAGCACAAGGCAAAAGGACACUGUUGAUUUGCAUUCUUUGAAUGAACUAAGGAAAGAACUCAACCGAUUACUAACUGAAAAGGUAAAGAAAUCAUUGAUAUUUACUAAAAAACAAUACUUUGAUAACGGAGCAAAAGCAAUGAAAAACCUGGCCUAUAAAUUGAAAAAACAACAGAUAAAAUCAAACACUGUUUCUAUCAAAGACCAAACCAGGAAUAGAAGUGUAAAAGCUAAAUGAGAAAUAGCACAAGAAUUUGCAAAAUACUACAAACAUUUAUAAAGCCCUGACAAUAAUCUGCUCCCUCAAAAUAGAAUGAAGGAAUAUCUAUCCAGAAUAAAACUACCGCAGAUAAGAGAUAAACAAAAUGUAAACCUGAUUUUGCCAGUUACGUCAGAUGAGAUCAAUGUAGCAAUAAAGAAACAAAUUUACAGGUGAUUUUUAUAAGGAAUUGGAUAAAGAACUACUGCCGACUUUAGAAAGAACGUUUAAAUGGGUGUUAGAUCAUAGUAGGUGGGCAAACACUUGGUGCAGCUCCAUAAUUACAGUCAUACACAAAGAAGGCAAGGAUCCUACUGACUGUUGAUCUUAUAGACUAAAAACUUUAGUGAGGAGGAGGGCGCUGGUGAGCCAAACAAUCUCUCCUAACUACAAGCUUCGAUCAUUGACUGAUGUUGUGAUAAAUUCCCCUGUUUUUUCUGAAAGACUCAAGGUGUUGAUAGACUCACGUGCUGAUGAGAGUUUUAUGGACUGGAAACUUGCUAAAAGACUGAAAUUAACUGUGUUUCCUCUUCUCAGACCCCUAGAAGCCAGCACGUUGGAUGGGAGGUUACUAUAUAGAGUUACUCACCGCACCGAGCCCCUUCAAGUCCUCAUAGCUGAGGGACACACUGAAAAGUUAAGUUUCCACCUCUAUAGCUCCCCAUUACACCCACUCAUUUUGGGGUUCCCUUGGUUAUCCCAGCACUGCCCCCAAGUUAACUAGGCCACCGAGGAAAUUAUUGGUUGGGAGGAGAGGUGCCAAAAGAACUGUUUUCCCUCAGAGCCCCCGAGAGUCUCAACCUCCCGCAGUCCUUCUCACACCAGUCGGCCCAGAGCCCCUGUUAGACCAAGAUAAGUCUGAUUAUCCCGAUUUAGCCAAGGUUCCCCAGUGUUAUCAUGACCUCAAGGAGGUGUUUAACAAGUCCCGGGCUACCUCCCUUCCUCCACACAGAGUAUAUGACUGUGCUAUUGACCUGCUCCCAGGGGCUUCUCUCCCUAAGGGCCGUUUAUACUCCCUGUCAGCCCCCAGAAUGUGAGGACAUGGACAAGUAUAUCUCAGCCUCCCUGGUUGCUGGGAUUAUUAUUAUUCUUCCUCUCCAGCGGGGGCAGGAUUCUUCUUUUUGGACAAGAAAGAUAAGUCCCUCCGGCCAUGCAUCGACUAUCAUGGUCUGAAUGAGGUCACCAUCAAGAACAAGUACCCCCUCCCUCUCAUCUCUUCAGCUUUUGAACUCUUAACAGGGAGCUAAGAUAUUUACCAAGCUCGAUCUCAGAAAUGCCUACCAUUUGGUGAGGAUAAGGGAGGGGGACGAGUGGAAGACUGCUUUCAACACUCCUGGUAGGCAUUAUGAGUAUUUGGUGAUGCCAUUUGGAUUGACUAAUGCCCCUGCUGUCUUCCAGAGCCUGGUUAAUGAUGUCCUGAGGGAUAUGUUAAACGACUUUGUUUUUGUUUAUUUGGAUGACAUCUUGAUUUUUUCCCCUGACCCUGAGACUCAUUUACAACAUGUUCGCCGAGUCCUGCAGAGGCUUCUGGAUAACCAGCUUUUCGUCAAGGCUGAGAAGUGUGAGUUCCACAUCACCUCCAUUUCCUUCCUGGGGUUCAUCAUCAAACCGGACCACCUCCAGAUGGAUCCCUCCAAGGUUAGUGCUGUGUCUGACUGGCCCACUCCCACCUCCAGGAAACACUUGCAACGUUUCCUGGGGUUUGCCAAUUUCUAUAGACGUUUCACUAGGGGUUUUAGUUCCAUUGUAGCCCCCUUACAUGCACUAACCUCCCCUAAUGUCAAGUUUCAGUGGACUCCCCAGGCUGAACUCUUGUUUCAGAGACUUAAGACCAGCUUCACCACAGCUCCCAUCCUCACUCCUCCGGACCCUCACCUUCAAUUUGUGGUGGAGGUGUACACCUCUGAUGUAGGAGUAGGAGGGGUCUUGUCACAGCGGUCCCCAGUGAAUAACAAGCUCCACCCCUGUGCCUUCCUCUCCUGGAAAUUGUCCCCCUCUGAGAGGAACUAUGAUGUGGGCAACAGGGAGCUGCUGGCUAUUAAGGUGGCUCUGGAGGAGUGGCGGCACUGGCUGGAGGGCACUGAGCAGCUGUUUCUCAUCUGGACAGACCAUAAGAACCUGGAAUACAUCCACUCUGCUAAGAGGCUCAACCCCCGGCAGGCAAGGUGGGCUCUCUUUUUCAACCGAUUCAAUUUCAUUCUGUCUCAUCCCACAGCGCCCCUGGUCAGACAUGUCACUGGACUUCGUCACAGGUUUGCCACCCUCUGAAGGUAACACAGUUGUCCUCACAGUGGUUGACAGAUUUUCUAAGAUGGCUUACUUUAUACCUUUACCUAAGUUACCCUCAGCCAAGGAAACGGCUGAGGUGGUUCUGCAUCAUGUGUUCCGCUUGCAUGGUUUCCCCAGCGACGUGGUGUCUGACCGGGGGCCACAGUUCAUCUCCAAGUUCUGGAAGGCCUUCUGCUCACUCAUUGGAGCCGCAGUCAGCCUCACAUCUGGCUAUCACCCCCAGUCCAACGGGCAGACAGAGAGACUGAACCAGGAACUGGAGAAGGGCCUUCGCUGUCUCAUCUCCAGUUGUCCCUCCUCCUGGAGUAAGAAUCUUAUCUGGGUCGAAUAUGCACAAAACACCUUGCCUUGCUCUGCCUCUGGUCUUACUCCGUUUCAGUGUGCCUUCGGUUAUCAGCCUCCCCUGUUUCCUGAGUUAGAGACUGAAGAAGCAGUUCCAUCUGCUCAAGCCCUCAUCCUCCGGUGUCGCCGGGUUUGGAGCCGGGCCAGGCUUCAAUUGAUCAGGGCCGCAGCCGGAAACAAGAGGGCUGCGGACAGAUGGCGGACCCCGGCCCCCUCUUACCAGCUAAGGCAAAGAGUGUGGCUGUCUGCUCAGGAUCCUCUCCUCAGGGUGGAGUCACGUAAGCUGGCACCCCGUUUUGUUGGACCUUUCCCUGUAUCCAAAGUCAUUAACCCUGCUGCUGUCUGUAUCAAGCUCCCCAGGACCUGGAGAAUUCACCCCACCUUUCACGUUUCCCGUGUCAAGCCCAUCUAGGAGAGUCCUCUAUUUCCCUCCUGAGCCGGGCCUCAUUCAGGACUUUCACUGGUGCCACCGCAAUCUUCCUGAUCCGUCUGGAGCCGUCCCUUGAGGGGGGGGAUACUGUCAUGAAUCAUCCUGCCUUCAGAUCUCAAGACAAUAACAGAGAUGACUGCUACACCUUCCUAUCACACCAAUACAACAGGUGUUAGUGAAGAAAUUGGCUCUUCUAAUGACAACUAUGAUAAUCUGACAAGGUCUCUCAACAUCAUGUCUGUCGUUAUCUACUCCCUGGAUUUCGUUCUGGGUGUGCUCGGAAAUGGAGUGGUUAUCUGGGUGACUGGGUUCAAGAUGAAGAAAACAGUGAACACGGUUUGGAUCCUCAACCUUGCUGUGGCUGACUUCCUCUUCACAGCUUUCCUUCCUUUUAGUGCGACGUACACAGCUCUGGGUUUCCACUGGCCUUUCGGCAAUUUCAUGUGCAAACUGGACAACACAGUAAGGUUUCUGAACAUGUUUGCCAGUGUCUACAUUCUGGUGGUGAUCAGUGUGGACAGAUAUGUGUCUGUGGUGUGGCCAGUCUGGGCCCAGAACAACCGAAAUGUACGCAAGGCGUCCUGUGUGAGUCUGGGUGUUUGGGUAUUGGGUCUGAUACUCAGCGCUCCAUGCUUCAUCUUCAGGGACCUUUGGCUAUCAUCUCAUGAUAAACCAAUCAUAUGCUACGACAACUAUGCUUUUUCUAAUGACCUCAAUAACCCAUCUGUGAAACAGUUACGACUGCUUCGUUUAAAGGCCAUGACCAUCACUCGCUUCCUCCUGGGUUUUGUUGUUCCCUUCACUGUUAUUGUCUCCUGUUAUGCUGUGAUAAUCCAUCGUCUCAGGAGGAACCGUACCAGGGCCAGCCACUCAAGUCGCCCUUUUAAGAUCAUCGCUGCUGUUAUCACUGCUUUUUUCCUGUGCUGGGCUCCCUUUUACAUCAUGACUCUAAUUGAGUUAUGGUAUCAGAUUGAUAAGUCAAGUAGAGUAUUAGAACUUGUCAUCACUAUUGGGGUCCCUUUAGCCACCAGCCUGGCUUAUCUUAACAGUUGCCUGAAUCCACUGCUGUAUGUCUUCAUGGGCCGAGAUUUCAAGGAUAAAGUUCGCAAAUCCAUCCUGAAUGUAUUUGAGACUGCUUUCCGGGAGGAGUUUUCCCGUUUGCACACUGACACAAAGUCAGUGGACACCAGUCAGUGCCUUGACAUGUCAAUUCUAAAUACUCAAGUAUAAGGUUGUGGCAUGAAUAAACAAAUACUGAAACUGCACAUUAGAAAAUAAUUUUGACACAAAUGUAAAUGUAUAUACAUCA